AUGCCUGCUGCUUGCGAUCCAGAUGUUGCUGACAUUGAGGAUAUUGCCAAUUCUCCAGAGAUGAUCACAGACAGGAGUAUUCCAUCCAGGAAAAUGGUUAUGCCUCGUGUACGGAAGCGUCACAAAAAUGUCGUCACACCACCUGUACUUGCUGACAGUUACAUACCAGGAACACAGAAGAUUUAUUUAAAGACUUGGGGCUGUUCCCACAACAAUUCUGAUGGAGAAUACAUGGCCGGACAGCUGGCCAGCUAUGGCUACACAAUAACUGACAGCAAAGAAGAGGCUGAUCUUUGGGUUUUAAACAGUUGCACAGUGAAAAGUCCCGCUGAAGACCAUUUCCGCAAUGAAAUAAACAAAGCAAAGGAGUUGGGCAAAUUUUUGGUGGUUGCAGGUUGUGUACCUCAAGGACAGCCGCAAGCUGAUUACCUUUAUGGCAUAAGUGUGAUUGGUGUACAACAAAUUGAUAGAGUCUUGGAAGUUGUUGAAGAAACUUUAAAAGGUCACACGGUGCGGUUGUUUGGACAAAAAAAGCAAGAAGGCAAAAAAACUGGUGGAGCUUCAUUGGCACUUCCAAAGAUCCGAAAAAAUCCUCUGAUUGAAAUUAUUGCCAUCAAUACUGGUUGCCUCAAUCAAUGUACGUAUUGUAAGACAAAACAUGCAAGAGGAGAACUUGGCAGUUAUCAGCCAGAGGACAUCGUGGCCAGGGCCGUUCAGUCAUUUCAAGAGGGUGUUGUCGAAAUUUGGCUGACUUCUGAAGACUUGGGUGCCUAUGGGCAUGACAUUGGUGUGACCUUGCCUGAACUUUUGUGGAAGCUGGUAGAAGUGAUUCCUCAAGGUGCAAUGAUGCGAUUAGGAAUGACCAACCCCCCGUACAUCCUCGAACAUUUGGAGGAAAUGGCCAAAAUCUGCAAUCACCCAAGGGUUUAUGCAUUUCUUCAUGUACCUGUCCAGUCAGCAUCAGAUGGUGUCCUCAUGGACAUGAAACGGGAAUACUGUAUUGAUGAUUUCCGACGUGUUGUUGACUUUUUAAAAGAGAGAGUGCCUGGGAUUACUAUAGCAACUGAUGUGAUUUGUGGCUUCCCCACAGAAACUGAGGAGGAUUUUGAUGAAACUAUGAAGCUUGUUGAGGAAUACAAAUUCCCCAGUUUGUUUAUCAACCAAUAUUUCCCACGACCGGGGACACCUGCUGCAAAGCUUCCGCGGAUAGAUCCGCAAGAGGUCAAGAAACGAACAAAGGCGAUCUCUGCUCUUUUUCAGUCCUACCAACCCUAUGGCCAUGAGGUUGGUCAGGUUCAAACCGUCCUCGUAACAGAGAUCUCACAUGACAAGAAUUACUAUGUUGGACAUAACAAAUACUAUGAUCAGGUGUUGGUCCCUAAGGACGAGAACCUCAUGGGAAAAUGUGUUGAUGUUGAGAUCACAUCUGCAGGCAAGCAUUACUUGAAAUGCCGCCUCCUUGGUAUGACUGGUGUCCACAGACCAGCAGUUCCUUUACCCCAGCCUAAGGGUCAGGUGUCAGGAGCAAUACCUAUGAAAGAGGUUGUCAUGGAGUCUGCAUCAACAUCGCAAAGGGAGAGAAUUCUUAUGAAAUCUCACAGCCCUAUCGCUGCUCUGUCAUUGAUUGAAAUGUUCAGACGCACUACAUUUCGUAGUGUCACCAGUCCAUACCAUCACAUUUGGGACCCGCCAUACCAUGUACACAACAUUGAAUCAUCCUCAUUCUCUUCAUAUUCCAUUGACUCCCAAGAGGAUGCUUUCCUGCUCACUACGAUCUUCAUGGAUCGACUGUUAUCUAUCCUACAUAUCUCCAUAAACUUCGCCUCUUAUUCCUUCCUUGUAUGCCCUUACAAAAUCCUUAUUUCAUAA